UGCAAAUGAAGAAUGUCUACAGACCGUGAAAGCUCACCAACUAGCCAACGAUCCUUCAGUUUUUCUAAUGGAGAAAAUUCUCCUGUAGGCCUAUUGUUCCGCCAAUGGUCAAAUUUGUCCUUGUUGAAGACCAAUGGCCGUAAGGGCCAAGAAAGAAACAAUUCCAUCAAUCCCAUAGCUAUUGAAAGAACUAAUCUAGUUCACAUUAGUAAAUUGAUAAUAAAAGAAUUGAUUGAACAAUCUCUGAGAUAUGGUAGGACCUUGGAUUCAGACCAUGUAUCUUUACUUCACUUUUUUAUUAUCAUUGAAGCAGUUUUGAGACACCGUUUGAGGACUAGACCAAAAACAAUUAUUGGUCCAAAAAAGGAACUCUGGGAUAUACUUCAACAAAUUCACAAAUAUGCUCCCGAAGCCAAGGAUAUAACAAUAAGUGUUAAGGAAUUACCAAACAUUAAAACCUCUAUCGGUCGGGUCAGAGCUUGGCUUCGAAUUGCCUUGAUGCAGAAAAAAUUAACUGACUAUUUGAAAAUUUUGCUUGAUCAUAAAGAUGAGCUUUUAGAAGGUUGUUAUGAAUCAGAUUCUAUAAUGUUGAGUGAAGACGCUAUUGUGAUAAUAGGCUUGUUGAUAGGUUUGAACACAAUUGAUUGUAAUUUAUGUCUUAAAGAGGAUGAUUUAGAUGGUCCACAAGGAAUAAUAGACUUCUCUCUGUAUUUAAAGCCAGUUUCAACUCUCCCUGAGGAAAGCAAUCAAGAAAAAGAUGAUGUUACUUCCAUGUUGGAUCAAAAAAACUACAUCGAAGAAUUGAACGAACAUUUGAAAGCUACAGUGAGUAAUUUAGAAACCAAAGUUGAAUCUCUGACAAAUGAUAAUAAAUCUUUGAAAGAAAAUUUGGCUGUUGCCAAGAAUGACCUUUUAGCCUUGAAUCAAGAAAAUAAUUAUUUGAAGGAGAAGGUACAUCAAAUUGCUACUCAUAAUAUUAAUGUUGUUGAAAUUGUUGCUCCUGAGAAUUUAGAAAAUGUAGACAGCACCGAGUACAAAUUGAAAGUUCAAGAGGAAAAAACUCUGCGAAAGGAAGCAGAAAAAGAACUGGAAUUACAGUCUGCCUUAAAGGCAGAAAUGGAAGUUGCAAUGAAGCUUCUAGAGAAAGAUAUACACGAGAAACAAGACACUAUUGUUUCAUUACGAAGACAACUUGAUGAUAUCAAAGUUAUUAAUUUAGACAUGUACAAGAAGCUUCAAGGUAAUGAGGCCUCUAUACAGCAUAAGACUGAACUUAUUACUAAAUUGGAAGCUAAAUCAGAAUCUAUGACUGAUGCUAUUAGAAUAUUAGAGGAAAAAUAUAAGGAGAGUGAGAUUCAUAGAGCUAGGAUUGAACUACGUAACAAAGAACUGGAUCUUCAAACCAUCCAAAGCGAAGAACAGACCAACUGUGUGGAGGGUGACCUCAAAGUUGAGAGGGAAUGGAGGAUAGCGUUGCAAGAUAGCAUUGAGAAGGACAAAGAGGUUAUUUCAAACUUGCAAAAGGAAUUGAGUUACAUGAGAAUCGUAGCUCAGAAAUAUACCACUUUGCAGAAGGAGUACUACACAUUGAAGGAAAAAUGUUUGGAACAAGAACAGACAAUGGAAGAAUUAGGAAAACAAUUGAGCACAUCCAAACUCCAAAUAUCCGACCUCAAAGAAGAGGUUAACAAAAAUAAAGCCGAUUUUACAUGGGAAGAUGACAGUGCUGUCACUAACUGCAAAACUUGCAACAAAGAGUUCAGUUUGACCAGACGAAGACACCACUGCCGAAACUGUGGAGGUAUUUUCUGCAAUGCUUGCUCUGACAACUCGACCUAUCUUCCUUCAUCGGCUAAACCAGUCCGUGUCUGUGAUGAUUGCUUUUUGCUCGUAAUGGGUAGAAAUUCUGUGAUGUAAUAUUUUUCAACUAUACUCUGUUAAUGCGGCUAAUUGUUUUUAUUGAUAUAAUAAUGAAUUAUUUUAUGAACUAUUGUAUUUAUAUGGAGAAUUAUUUUAUCUACUAAUUAAAUGUAAGAAACAAGGUACUAAUUUUUCAGUCCUUCUGUAGAUUAAAGGUAGUUCAAAGAUUCGUAGUGAUUAAAUCGUUAAUAUUUAGGGAAUUUUAUUGAUUUCUUAACUUCGGAUAUCUAACAUGUGCCAUUGCAAUUAUUUUUAAUUCCAUUCAAUACAUAAUUAAGGUUUUUUAACUGUAACUUAUGAUACUUUCAUUGAUAGGGAGAUGGUCACUUUUGAAAGUUAUUGGUAAUUUUGAAAAAGUAAUAAGUCUUUCCAAUUCUGUAGAACUUAUCUACUAUACUAAUUUCAACAAUGAAAGUCCUUCAUUCUAUUGAUCUUGAAUGUUCCGAUAGGCGAAUUGAUUUUCAGGUGGUUAGAAUCGAACAAUCAAAUAAUUAGAGUCGAUUAUUGACAAGGUAUUAAAUGCCUAUCAAAAUCGUUGAGAUUCAUCUAUUUGUGCUUUCAGAAUUUAUUAAUUGUAUGCAAUGUGUGAACUUAAAAAGAUAUUUGUAAAUUGUAUCAUUUUGAAUGUUAAUUUUAUAUAUUUUUCUUCACACAUCAUAUAAUAUGGAUUGUUAGAUCUGCACCAAACAUCCACAUUCAAACAUGUUGUAACCACUUUCAAUCACUCAUCCCGUUCAUACUUUGUGCCGCCUGAUGGUGAAAAGCCAGCUUUGGAAAAUUGUCGUCGACGUCGGUGUAAAGUUUGGCGAAUUCGGAUGCGCGUCAGCCAAUCGCGUUUCAUCACGUGAUAUUGACAGUCCGAUAUGUCAAGUCCGCGGUCAUGGCCACUGGUACCGGUAUGUACUGAACGCGUUUCGCGCCUUUUACAACGUCGGUGGAACCAUGCGUUUGAUCCACAUAUUGGAAAUUUGGACAAUCCACUCUUUGACUUGAUGUAAACAGAUUCAAACACUUGGUUUUCUUUAGGAUGUCUACCAGAAGAAGAAGUAGAGAACGUUCUAAAAAUGAUAAAACCACGCCGAAACUCCGUAUGGACACAAAACCCCAGACUCCAAGGAUUACAGAUCCUAGUCUUCCUGCGGGAAGAAGACGUGAAAUUGACAAUGUUAUGAAAAAGGCUAGAGCUAGAGCAGCAUCACCGACCUCGAAUGCGUAUUGGGACAAGAAGUUGUUAGAAGUUGAGGCAAAGGAUCCUAACAGGUGGCGCCACAGCGGCUACAAAUCCCUCUACAUAGACGGCUCCCCGUCUUCUCAAGGCCGACGCAGUCAGAGCAGAUCGCCAUCUCCAGCAGCAGCAGGUGCCCGAAGGUCUUCACGUUCGCCGAUCGUACGUUCCACGAUGGGCAGAAGGUCGCCGGCUUCCCGAAGGUCCCCCAGGUCUCCCGUGGCGCGAGGUAGAUCGCCCCGUUCGCCCGCCCCCCGUCGCCGCUCCCCCGCGUCACCGCCCAGUCGCCGGUCGCCCGUAUCGCGCCGCUCACCGCCCGGCGGAUACAGAUCGCCGGCCGGGCGUAGAUCGCCGAUCGGUCGCAGAACGCCCGCCGCAAGGAGGUCGCCCGCGGCCGCGCAACGACGUACCGCCCGACCCAGGUCGCCGCCGCCCAAGUCGUCCUCGACCACGUGGAGAUCGGCCUCGAAGAGUUCUAUUAGCAGCUGCUCUGACGACUCCUGUUCGGUGUGCUCGCCGAAGAACCAUCAUCGUAGGGGCGCUAGAAGCAGAUCAAGAUCCUUCUCAGUCCCGAAGUCGAGGGCCAAGGAGCACCACUCGAACAGGGCACCGCCAGAGCCCAAGCCCAGAUCACGACCGGCCAGACCGCCCUCGCCGUCUCCGGUUCCUCAGAGACGGGCUCCGAAACCCAGCACACCUCCACCGCCCAGGAAGAUACAGCGCAUCAGUUCCAACGAGAGACCCACCGAUCCUAGGCGUCAACCGCCACCACCGAGACCACGCGGGAGGACCGGCGAGGUCAUCGACGUAACUGGCGUGAAGCCGCCCCCCAAACAGGUUAAGAAACCCUCUUCGAGCAAGGAGAAAGGCAAACCUGUGUUACUGACAAGAGUGAAGAAAGAGAAGAAGACCCGAAGGCCGGGUUCACCUGGCGAAUCUUCUGAAUCGGAAGACGAUAGCUCGAAUGGAUCAGUGACCCACAUCGUUGCAACCACCAGCUUGACUCUGUCAGAGAGAUUCGGCAAGAUUGCGCAAUGGAGCGCAGACAGAGAAAGGAGAGAAAUGGAGAAUAUGCGCAUCACUAAAACGGGGGGUGAUUUGAAGGUUAUGAUCGAGGAGGAUGAUUUCCUCUAUGGCAGCCCCCCACCUAGGAGAUACAGCUUAUCUCCAGUUCCUGCUGGACACUACCCUGAUGAGCUACUGUCAUCAGGACAGUCCAGGUUGGCAGCUUGGGACGAUGUACGAGUUAGAUAUCAGUAUUACAAGGAUCUAGGCUAUUUGAGGGACUUAACCUUGGAGGACUAUGUGAAAUGGGAGGAAUGGUGGUACAAAUACCAGGAUUGGUUGGCCAAUGAGAGACAUUACGAACACUGGGCAAGGAGUCAAUCCUCUAGAAGACGUAGGAAGAGGUUGCCUGCUUCGCAAAGGUUGAAUUGAUGUCAAGAGAGUGAGAUAAAAACAAUCACGUAUUCAUUCGUGAUUUAAGGAAGAGAGGGUUGAUCUUUUUAUCAGAAGAAGUUUAUAGAAUGAAUUGUUGUUUGCUACUUAUGUGAAUUAGAUAUUAAGUGUUCGGUGAUCACUUUCUUCAUUCGAAAAUUUGCAAUACUAGAGUAUUGUUUUCAGUACUUCCUUCCAGGAUGUCUUUGAUUUAUUUUUAUUUAUAUUAUUCUUAUUAUAUCUUUUUGCCAAAAACAAAAAAUUUAUAAAUCAAAUCCCUAAAUUGUUCCCUGAACAUAUUUAUGUGAAUUUAUCUUUACAAUAGUAGUGCCAUUCUAUCUUGACUACAAAUAAAUAAAAACAAAGAAUUCAGUUGAUUCUAGUUUUAACGAACAGACAAGAAGGGACUACUACCUUUGUGAUAAUUAUAUUCAUAUUCUCAAUUUUUUUUCAGUAUACAUACUGUCCUUACAAAUAUUGACUUUUUGUAUGAAGUUGAAAUAAAAGUAUAUGGAAAGUUA